UGGCAAACACUGGUUUGCCCGCAUUUUUUAAAUUUGUGCUCCAACAGCGUCUUCUAGAACUGUGCCAGCGUUGAAUUACAGCGCCCCCUUAAGGCUGGGAACCGAUCUGCGCUGCAGCGUUAAUAACUUCCGCUUGUCGCGCGCCAGGCAAUCAAAGACCCGCGUUUGCUCGAUGCAUCGUCACAUUUCAAAAGGAGGUGUUUGACGGAUUUGAGGGCUUGUUUACAGGAAAGGAGGUGAACAUGUCUCACAAAGUUCAGAAUCAUCGUUGGGAAUGCUGUGCAUCCUCAAACAAUCAGAAAUUUUGCAUCCCCCUGCCACCCAGAAGACUGGGUAGUACAGCUUUCUGGGAAACAAACAUGUCCCGCUGGAAGACUGUAUUCAGUAGGCUUUCUCCACCAGAACCAGGCCACCAGAAGCCUCAGUCUGCCUAUUCCCGGAAGGUCACGUGUGAUCAAAAGGACGAUCUUCCCCCUCCUAGCCAGUUUGUAAAUUUUCAAGUGAAGUUGGUGAAUGACUGUGAGAGGAAAAGAAAAUAUGAUGAUUCCACUCCCAGAAGCAGCUCGUUUAAGAAGCCGUGCACUGGGAGUGCUCUGUCCCCAGACCUUGGUUGCUUCAUAGAUCACAGCAGCCCUCUUGCCAGAAGCAAUUCAGCAUCCCCUGUUACCUUCUCACGCUCUCCACUGAAGAAUAAACAAGUUUCAAGCUCUCAGCCAGACUCGGAGAUCUACAAAGAUCCAUCGGAUGAGGUGAAGGCUGUGCAGCUCAGCCCUGGGAGCGAAGAGCACCUCAUAAAUAUCUCGCGUACCUUUGACGCUGAAGUUGAUGACAUCUUGUGCCUCAAUCCAUUGAAAAAAGACGGGCAAGAAGAAACCUGCACAGGAGCAAAAACUGGCCAGAGAGCAGUGGAAGAGGACAGAGGGUACAACUCAGAUUGUUCCCCAAAUGGCAAAGAGGGGGAAUGCUCCCCAGAGCCACGGAGUCCGGAAAAUUCUUCCAUCCCAAACGAGGACGUACUGGAGAUUCGGGCACCAGCUGUUAGUUUUCUGGAAGGGGAAGUGGAGGAUCUGAUUAUUGGACUACCAAUGUUUGAGUCUUCAGUGUGCCAGCCAUGUUCCAUGGAUGAGCAGGGGAGUCUGCUGCCAGAAGUUCAUAAGGAGCCCUUGCUGGACGUUCAGGCCCCAAAUCCUGAAAACUCUGCUGUGGAAUCCUCUUAUGAUGUCACCCUGCCUUUACAGGUGCAGGUGAGAUCUCAAGUGGUGGUGCCACACCAGGAUGUCAAAUGCACGAGCAUUCCAAGGCCCAAAAUCUAUGAAGACGAGCUGGAGUGGGAACGUCUGAAGAGACAGUACGUGUUUUCUGUCACCAGCCACAUGACCGAGAACCAGGCAACAUCUCAAGGAUUCGUGAGCGAGCUCCUGACCCUGAUGACCCACGUGGCCGAUCAGACGGGCUCUAAUGGCUCCCAGUGGCAACACCCCUCUGAUCUCACAUGCAGGAACUACCAAAAGCGCUUCGGCAGCGAGAGGUCUGCAGUGACUCUCGGCGAGUGGCGGGUGAAGAAUUCCCCCCACUAUAAACGCUUCGGGAAAAACAAUUCCUAUUAGCGCUUUCUGUUGGACUAACACGCUUUUAGGUUUGCUGUGUUGCAUUCUUUCCUUGUGGUUUGUUUUUCUGCUGUUCGUAGAUGUUUUACUAAAUAAAUGCAUGUUUUAGGAGUUUUUAUA